GGAAAGUUGGUAUGAUUAAAUGAAAUUACAUGAGCUAUGGUAUGUUCGUCAGGUAUCAUUCCAAGGGUUUAAUCAACAAUUCAUACAAAUGAGGCUCGUGCAAAUUGGGUGGUGGGGAUCGAAGUAUGCAGCUAGUGGUUGUAGACGAAACGUUGAGCGGGAAAAGCAAGGUGGAUUAUCUUGACAAUGUGCAUUUAUUUCAACGCUGAUAGAGGCCUACAACCGCUGAAUGCUAUAAGAGUGUUCCAUUGACGAAGAAGCUUUUUAAAUUCAAUACUAAUUGAAUGAAUCUGAAUCAGAUCAUGAGUAUUUAACUUUCCAUGCACACAUACAUUCAGACACUGUUUUCAUUCAGUUUCCAAUUCACGAGGCUUAUUCGAUUAGAGAUGGGAUAAUUUGAUUAUAUGUGCAAGUUUUAUUUUAAAAAUGUCAUUAAAACUUGAUCAAGCAAACAAAUGCUGGACGCCAACCCUACCAACCAAUAGCCAAGUUCCUCCUUUCUCACGCCACACUUGCUGGCUGGUAAUGUUCUGGUUUUUGGGCUAGUAGCCUACCCACCCUUGUGUUCUUGGCACCAUAUGCGAAACUAUACAAUUGUAAAAACAAAAUACUUGAACAAGAAAUCUUCUGAUUGGUCCCCUCUUUCACCAUCUCUACUUGUCAUUUCUUUCACACUUCAGAUUGUUAACCAACGCAAAUAUUUCUCACUUUCUGCAAUUCUCCUCAACGUCUACCUAUAUAUUUUCUCAACCCAAUUCUCAGCUUUCAGAUUCAUUGUUCUUCUUUUCAGGUCUUGGUUGCUGGGUUUAUCAGUGUUUCAAAUGGCGGAUAAUAGCUUCGAGCUUAGUGUAAAACGAGGAGAAACAGUUCUUGUUUCUCCUGCAGAGGAAACACCGAAUGGUCUCUACUUCCUGUCAAACCUUGAUCAGAAUGUUGCAGUUACAGUCCGUACGUGCUACUACUUCAAGUCAGAUUCAAAAGGAAAUGAGGAUGCUGCAACAGCCAUUAAGAAUGCCCUGGCGAAAGUGCUUGUUCAUUACUAUCCUACUGCUGGUAGGCUAACAAUCAGUUCAGAAGGGAAACUCAUAAUUGAUUGCACUGGAGAAGGAGCUGUCUUUGUUGAGGCUGAAUCUGAUUCUUCUAUACAACAUGUUGGAGAUAUCACAAAACCUGAUCCUGAUACUCUUGGGAAGCUGGUUUAUGACAUCCCUGGUGCUGAAAACAUACUUCAGAUACCUCCUUUGGUGGCUCAGGUAACCAAAUUUAAAUGUGGAGGAUUUGUUCUCGGGCUAUGCAUGAAUCAUAAUAUAUUAGAUGGGAUAGCUGCAAUGGAAUUUCUCAACUCAUGGGCUGAGACUGCCAGAGGGUUGCCCCUAAGUGUCCCCCCUUUUCUAGACAGAAGCAUACUCAAAGCAAGAAACCCACCUAAGAUAGAGUAUCCACACCAAGAAUUUGCUCAGAUUGAAGACAUAUCAAAUACCAGCAAGCUUUAUGAAGAACAAAUGCUGUAUAGGUCCUUCUGUUUCGAUCCACAGAAGCUUGAACUACUCAAGAGAAGAGCCAUGGAAGAUGGAGUUCUAGAUAAAUGCACUAAGUUUCAAGCUCUCUCAGGCUUUCUAUGGAGAGCUUGGUGUCAGGCACUGAACUUGAGGCCUGAUCAACAGAUAAAGCUUCUCUUUGCUGUUGAUGGGCGAUCAAGAUUUGUGCCUCCAUUGCCUCAAGGCUACUCCGGCAAUGGAAUAGUCUUGACAUACUCACUCUGCAAUGCUGGUGAGCUCUUGGGGAAACCUCUUUCAUUCGCAGUGAGUCUGGUUCAGCAGGCAGUCGACAUGGUUACUGAUAGCUUUAUGAGAUCAGCCAUAGACUAUUUUGAAGUAACAAGAGCUAGGCCUUCAUUAGCUGCUACUCUGGCAAUCACUACUUGGUCCAGGCUAUCUUUCCACACAAAAGAUUUUGGAUGGGGAGAACCUGUUUUUUCAGCGCCUGUGGCUCUGCCUGAGAAGGAAGUAAUUCUGUUCCUACCUCACGGGGAUGACAGAAAAAGCAUAAAUGUGCUUCUGGGUUUGCCAGCUUCUGCCAUGAAUGUCUUUGAGGAGCUGAUGCAGAUUUGAAAAAAAGAAUUAUAUAUUACCACAAGAUUCUUUCAAUUCUCGUAAGCAAAGUUCCCUGCCUAAAUAUUCAUUGUUUCUAAGUCCUUCUCCUUUCUUCUCCCUUAUUUGUUGCCUAAGUGCAGAUUGAAGCGAUCAUUGCACAAUAACUGAUCAUAUUAAAUAAGGAUCUCUUGCUCCUUUGCUCUAAGUGAAGCUGAGAUGCAAACUUGUCCUUUGUUAUGUAUUUCAUUAUAUAUGUGGUCGUUGUAAGUUGAAUAUUUCCACUCAAUAACAAUGCUGCUGAUUUUCUA